CUAUAAAUGUGGAGUGAAGAGUCUCUCUCUUUAUCGUCUUUAAACUUUGCUUCAUCUUCUUUAUUCUAGAAAUUUCUUUUGUUUCAGUGGUGUUACAGAUUUCACGACGACGACGGUUGCGCGGUGGAAGAUCGGAAGAAAAAGAAGGUGAGUCGCCGUACCUGCAUGUCAGUGUACUGUCUUGAUACCUAUUGUGGUGCUGGAAUCGGCGAAAUAGCGAAUCCUUUGCAAUGGCCUCAGCUUCGCAAAAGACGACGUCAUCACCGUCUUCUUCUUGUUGUACCCCUCUCGACUCUUCCCGCUUAGCUGCUGUCUCCGCCGCCCCCGCCGUUGCUCAAUCCGAUCACGUUGCUUUGAUUCGUCCGCUUGAUUCGCUUCCUGAACCUUCUAGUACCAAUGCUCCCACUUCUAAGGGAAUCACGUCAAUGACAAGGCCUCAGUCAAGCCAUCCUUUGGACCCUCUAUCUGCAGCUGAAAUUUCUGUGGCAGUGGCAACUGUUAGGGCUGCUGGAGCUACUCCAGAGCUUAGAGAUAGUAUGCGCUUCAUUGAAGUAGUUUUGCUGGAACCAGAUAAACAUGUUGUUGCACUAGCAGAUGCUUAUUUUUUUCCACCUUUUCAACCAUCAUUACUUCCUAGAAGUAAAGGAGGACCUGUAAUUCCCACAAAACUUCCUCCAAGAUGCGCUAGACUUGUUGUUUACAAUAAGAAAUCAAAUGAGACUACUCUGUGGAUUGUUGAGUUAUCACAAGUGCAUGCAGUAACUCGAGGUGGCCAUCAUCGAGGAAAAGUAAUUUCAUCAAAUGUUGUUCCUGAUGUUCAGCCUCCAAUGGAUGCUGAGGAAUAUGCAGAAUGCGAGGCUGUUGUUAAAAGUUUUCCCCCUUUUAUAGAGGCUAUGAAGAAAAGGGGUAUUGAAGACAUGGAUCUUGUAAUGGUUGAUCCCUGGUGUGUCGGUUAUCAUAGUGAAGCUGAUGCUCCUGGUCGAAGACUUGCUAAACCACUCUUAUUUUGUCGAUCUGAGAGCGACUGCCCUAUGGAAAAUGGUUAUGCCCGCCCAGUUGAGGGCAUCUAUGUUCUUGUUGAUAUGCAAAACAUGGUGGUGAUAGAGUUUGAAGACCGUAAACUUGUUCCUCUGCCUCCAGUUGAUCCCUUGAGGAACUAUACUCCUGGUGAAUCCAGAGGUGGUUCCGAUAGAAGUGAUGUGAAACCUUUACAAAUUAUUCAACCUGAAGGUCCAAGCUUUCGUGUCAAUGGGUAUUAUGUUGAAUGGCAGAAGUGGAAUUUUCGUAUUGGAUUCACACCCAAAGAAGGUUUGAUUAUAUAUUCUGUUGCAUAUGUUGAUGGUAGUCGAGGGAGAAGGCCUGUGGCUCAUAGGCUGAGUUUUGUGGAGAUGGUUGUACCCUAUGGAGAUCCAACUGAACCACAUUAUAGGAAAAAUGCUUUUGAUGCCGGCGAGGAUGGCUUGGGAAAAAAUGCACAUUCCCUCAAGAAGGGAUGUGAUUGUUUGGGCUAUAUCAAAUAUUUUGAUGCUCACUUCACAAAUUUCACUGGUGGAGUUGAAACUAUCGAAAAUUGUGUAUGUUUGCAUGAAGAGGAUCAUGGGAUUCUCUGGAAGCAUCAAGACUGGAGAACUGGCUUAGCAGAAGUCCGGAGGUCCAGAAGACUUUCAGUUUCUUUUGUAUGCACAGUGGCCAAUUAUGAGUACGCAUUUUUUUGGCACUUUUAUCAGGAUGGAAAGAUUGAAGCUGAAGUCAAGCUGACUGGAAUUCUCAGCUUAGGAGCCUUGAUGCCUGGAGAAGUUCGAAAAUAUGGAACCAUGAUUGCACCAGGUCUAUAUGCUCCAGUUCAUCAACACUUUUUCGUUGCUCGCAUGGACAUGUCUGUUGAUUCUAGACCUGGUGAAGCUUUGAAUCAGGUUGUGGAGGUCAAUAUGAAAGUUGAAGAACCUGGUGAGAAAAAUAUUCACAAUAAUGCGUUCUAUGCCGAAGAGACUUUGCUCAGGUCUGAAUUGGAAGCAAUGCGUGAUUGCAAUCCUUUGACUGCUCGACAUUGGAUUGUAAGGAACACAAGAACUGGCAAUAGAACUGGACAAUUGACAGGCUACAAGCUGGUACCAGGUUCAAACUGCUUACCAUUGGCAGGUUCUGAGGCCAAGUUUUUAAGAAGAGCUGCUUUCUUGAAGCAUAAUGUUUGGGUAACAGCAUAUUCACGUGAUGAAAUGUUUCCUGGAGGAGAAUUUCCUAAUCAAAAUCCACGAGUUGGCGAAGGACUAGCUACAUGGAUUAAGCAAAACCGGUCUUUGGAAGAAACUAAUAUAGUUCUAUGGUAUGUAUUUGGAAUCACACAUGUUCCUCGUCUAGAAGACUGGCCUGUUAUGCCAGUAGAACACAUUGGUUUUAUGCUCAUGCCUCAUGGAUUCUUCAAUUGUUCUCCUGCAGUAGAUGUCCCACCUAAUUCAUGUGAAGUGGAAUCUAAAGACAGUGAUAUCAAGGAUAACGGUGCUUCAAAGCCAAUUCAGGGCGGGAUAGCGUCGAAGCUUUAGGCACUUGCUGAGACGGGAAACGCAAGUUCUAUUUUGGCGUCCACUGAAACACCAAGUUGAGCAGAUUGUAUUUUUAAUCUACAAUAAUAAUAAAGCUAUGGACUUAAAUCUUGAUUUUCUAGUUUAUGAUGGGGUGUUUGCUAGUAAUAUUCAUUAGAUUUGUCUUCGUACAUGUGAAAGCUCUGCUUAGCCUAAAAUAAGUGGUUCAUUACAUGCUGUGUUAUCAAAGAUUCAGAAAUCACUAAAUCUGGCGGUGUUAUUGUGUGUGCCUGUUUUUUUUUGCCCUUUCAUUUCAUUAUA